AUUAUCUCCCAGGUAGUGUGAACUGCUGGGUGUGCCAUGUUUCUAAUCUAUGCGUUUUCUUCCUUCAGACGAGCAAGAAACUCCCAAGAUGGAAGCUUUGUCUUUCCCCAGGUAUAAUGUAGCUGAGAUUUUAAUUCAUAUUCGGAACAAGAUCUUAACAGGAGCUGAUGGCAAAAACCUCUCCAAGAAUGAUCUUUAUCCAAACCCAAAGCCUGAAGUCUUGCACAUGAUCUACAUGAGAGCCUUACAAAUAGUAUAUGGAAUUCGACUGGAGCAUUUCUACAUGAUGCCAGUGAACUCUGAAGUCAUGUAUCCACAUAUAAUGGAAGGCUUCUUACCAGUCAGCAAUUUAUUUAUUCACCUGGACUCAUUUCUGCCCAUCUGUCGGGUGAAUGACUUCGAGAUUGCUGAUAUUCUGUAUCCAAAAGCAAAACGGACAAGUCGGUUUUUAAGUGGCAUUAUCAACUUCAUUCACUUCAGAGAAUCAUGCCGUGAGACAUAUAUGGAGUUCCUUUGGCAAUAUAAAUCCUCUUUGGACAAAAUGCAACAGUUGAACGCUGCACACCAGGAAGCAUUAAUGAAAUUGGAGAAACUUGAUUCUGUUCCAGUUGAAGAGCAAGAAGAAUUCAAGCAGCUUUCAGAUGAUAUUCAGGAACUGCAACAAUUGCUGAAUCAGGAGUUUCGUCAAAAAACAAUAGUGCUGCAAGAUGGGAAUUCCCAAAAGAAAUCAGAUAUUUCAGAGAAAACCAAAAGAAUUAAUGAACUAAAAUUGUCCGUGGCUUCUUUGAAAGAAGUACAAGAGAGUUUGAAAGCAAAAAUUGUGGAUUCUCCAGAGAAGCUAAAGAAUUAUAAAGAAAAAAUGAAAGAUACAGUCCAGAAGCUUAAAAAUUCCAGGCAAGAAGUGAUGGAAAAAUAUGAAACCUAUCGAGACUCGGUUGACUGCUUGCCUUCAUGUCAGCGGGAGGUGCAGUUAUAUGAAAAGAAAAUACAAGACCUUGCAAAUAGUAGGGAAAAACUAACCAGUAACUUAAAGGAGAGCAUGAACUUGGAGGACCAAAUUGAGAGUGAAGAGUCAGAACUGAAGAAAUUGAAGGCCGAAGAAAAUUCAUUGAAAAGACUGAUGAUUGUAAAGAAGGAAAAACUUGCCACAGUACAAUUCAAGAUAAACAAGAAGCAUGAGGAUAUCAAGCAGUACAAACGCACAGUAAUUGAGGACUGCAAUAAAGUUCAGGAAAAAAGAGGUGCUGUCUAUGAGCGAGUAAUCACAAUUAAUCAAGAAAUCCAAAAAAUUAAAUUUGGAGUUCAACAGCUAAAAGAUACCACUGAAAGGGAGAAAAUGAAAUCUCAGGAAAUAUUUCUAAACUUAAAAACUGCUUUGGAGAAAUACCAUGAAGGCAUUGAAAAGACAGCCGAGGACUAUAAUGCUAAAACAGAAGAAAAAACAGCUGAACUGAAGAGGAAGAUGUUCAGAUUUUCAACAUGAUUAACAAAACUGCAUCUCUUUUGUAAAUGGCUUGCCAUCUUUAAUUUCAUUUUCUGUUCAGAAAGGGAAUAGUUAAAUUUAAGCUAAUGGUAAUGGAAGUAUCAGGAUUGCCAAAUAAAGUUGGCUCAAUCUGUUUUUAUAUACUCUUAUAGGUAGUUAUACUGCAUUUUGUGUAGAUUUUUAUUAACUUACAAUUAAAAUAAUUUGCAAUUAAAACUCAGGUCUCUACUCUGCCCUUUAUUAUAAGCAGUGAUUGGAGUAAAACAAAAAUAGAUGUAUUUGAAAUAUAUAACUUUUCUGUUACUGUUUUGGCUUUUGUUGGCUUUGUUUGCUGACAUACAGAGAUGGAGCAUUUACUGAGCCCUAACUAUAUGAUAAGCACUGCGUUUGGGAGUUCAUUUGAUGUUCACUCAAGCAACUCUAAGUAGAUAUUUUUAUUACUGCCUCGUAGAUGAAGUAACCCUGAAACAUUAAGUAAAUACCUGAGAUAAGACCUCAUACGUGCUCUUUAUGAGACCAAACUCUGUACUGUUUCUAUUAUACCACACUUUCUGAUGUAAUUACUUGAAAGAGAAAAUUUGCUUGUAGUAGUCUACUUCUUCACUUUGGCAUUGUUACGUGGGAAAUUAUUGGAAACAUGUAAAAUGCUUAGAAUACCACCUGGCAUGUGGUACAGACUCAGUAUGUAUUAUCUGUUAAUAUUUAGUCACGGGAGUUACAAGUACUUUUCUCUGUCAGAGAUAAAAUCUUACUGUAGGUGGAGACAGGCUGUCAUUG